AUGAAGCUGUCUGCUGUCACCCUUCUCACCCUUGCCACUGGCAUCCUCGCCGCUCCCGUCGCCGAGGCCAACGCCGCUGCCAGCUAUGGCUACGAGGCCCCCAAGGAGGUGAAGCCCGCCUACCCUGCUCCUCACCACGAGCAGCCCAAGCCCAAGCCUCCUCACAAGAAGCCUGAGUACCCUGCUCCUCACCACGAGAAGCCCAAGCCCAAGCCUCACCAUGAGAAGCCCAAGCCUCACUACGAGCAGCCCAAGGCUCCCAAGCCUCACCACGAGAAGCCCAAGCCUAAGCCUCACCAUGAGAAGCCUGCUUACCCCGUUCCUCACCACGAGAAGCCUAAGCCCAAGCCCCAUCACGAGAAGCCCAAGACCCCUUCUUAUGAGAAGCCUAAGGCUCCUAAGCCUCACCACGAGAAGCCUAAGACUCCUUCCUACGAGAAGCCCAAGGCUCCCAAGCCUCACCAUGAGAAGCCCAAGACCCCUUCUUAUGAGAAGCCUAAGGCUCCUAAGCCUCACCACGAGAAGCCUAAGACUCCUUCCUACGAGAAGCCCAAGGCUCCCAAGCCUCACCAUGAGAAGCCUAAGACCCCCGAGUACACCAAGCCCAAGGCUCCUAAGCCUCAUCACGAGAAGCCCAAGCCUCACCAUGAGAAGCCCAAGACCCCUUCUUACGAGGCUCCUAAGGCUCCUAAGCCCCACCACGAGAAGCCCAAGACCCCCGAGUACAACAAGCCCAAGGCCCCCAAGCCUCACCACGAGAAGCCUAAGACUCCUGAGUACACCAAGCCCAAGGCCCCUAAGCCUCACCACGAGAAGCCUAAGACUCCUGAGUACACCAAGCCCAAGGCCCCUAAGCCUCACCACGAGAAGCCCAAGCCCAAGUACGAGCAGCCCAAGCCUAAGCCUCACCACGAGCAGCCUAAGCCCAAGUACGAGCAGCCCAAGCCCCAGGGCUCUUACCCUGCUCCCAGCACUCCUCACUACUAG